AUGCGGAAGGUGGUUUUGGUCACCGGGGCAAGCAGGGCCACUGGAGUCUGUGGAUUCCAGACUCACUUUGGGGUUCUGUUUGCUGCCAGCCUGCGGAUUCAUGCCCUGUGCCUGAAUUGUCCUCUCAGUGGCAUUGGGCUGGCGCUUUGCAAUCGGCUGCUGGCGGAAGAAGAUGAGCUUCACCUGUGUCUGGUGUGUCGGAACCUGAGGAAAGCGGGAGCAGCUCGCGAUGCCCUGCUGGCCUCUCACCCCUCCGCCGAGGUCAGCAUCGUGCAGAUGGAUGUCGGCAGCCUGCAGUCAGUGGUCCAGGGUGCAAAGGAAGUCAAGCAGAGGUUUCAAAGGUUAGACUACUUAUAUCUGAAUGCUGGCAUCAUGCCCAACCCCCGGCUAAACAUUAAAGCAUUCUUCUCUGGCAUCUUUUCAAGAAAUGUGAUUCACAUGUUCACCACAGCGGAAGGACUGCUGACUCAGAACAACAAGGUCACUGCUGAUGGGCUCCAGGAGGUGUUCGAAACCAAUCUCUUUGGCCACUUCAUCCUGAUUCGAGAACUGGAGUCGCUUCUCUGCCACAGGGACCACCCCAGUCGGAUCAUCUGGACGUCCUCUCGCAAUGCCAAGAAGUCUAACUUCAGCCUUGAUGACAUCCAGCACAGCAGAGGCCACGAGCCCUACAGCUCCUCUAAAUACGCCAUUGACCUCCUGAACGUGGCUUUGAACAAUAAUUUCAACCAGAAGGGUCUGUAUUCGAGUGUGACGUGCCCAGGUACAGUACUGACCAAUUUGACAUAUGGAAUUCUGCCUUCCUAUGUCUGGACACUUCUCCUACCAGUGAUAUGGCUUCUUCGCUUUGUUGCAAAUGCAUUCACUUUGACACCGUACAAUGGAACAGAAGCACUGGUGUGGCUUUUCCACCAAAAACCGGAGUCUCUCAAUCCUCUGACCAAAUACCUGAGCAACACCACAGGCUUCGGGACUAAUUAUGUCAAGGGCCAAAAGAUGGACCUAGAUGAGGACACCGCUGAAAAUUUUUACCGAAUCUUGCUGGAACUGGAAAAGCGUGUUGGGAUAGCCAUCCAGAAAUCAGAUCGUUCAAGCUGA